GGGAUCCAGGGAUCGCCAGCUAGGAGUGAUGGCUUGUUUCUUCCCGGGCGAUCUCACCCGCAGCCCCAGGCGAAGGAGCUCCAGGACCUGUUGCCAGAAAUGCCUGCCUUCUGCCUCUAUUGCACCAAGCAAAGCUAUGGCCAAGCAAAGCGCUUUGCCUUUGGCCCCGUCCUUGCCCACCGCCACCAUCAAGGAGGAGCUGCUCUGCCCUAUCUGCUACGAGCCCUUCAAAGAGGCCGUCACCCUCUGCUGCGGCCACAACUUCUGCAAAGGCUGCGUGAGCCGCUCCUGGGAGGGUCAGCUUCGCCACGUCUGCCCGGUGUGCAAGGCGGCCUGCUCCCCGGAGGACCUGCGCACCAACCACACGCUUGCCAACAUUGUGGAGAUGUUCCUCAAGCAGGAGAAGAAGCAGCAGCAGCAGCAGUCGGGCGAGGCUUCGGCCCUCUGCCCCCUGCACCGGGAGGAGGCUAAGCUCGUCUGCCUGGAUGACAAGGAGCUGGUCUGCUUUGUGUGCCAAAGCUCCAAGCAGCAUGCGGACCACAGAAUGAAACCCGUGGCGGAGGUGGCCAAGAACUACAGGGCCAAGUGUAAGGACAUGGAAAACUCCUUGCGGGACAAAAUGAGAGAAUUUGGAAGAAUGCAGUCAGAUUACAGGCUCAUUGCGAACCACAACAAGGCAGAAAGUACCAGGCUGGAGAAGGAGAUUAAAAAACAGUUUGAGCAACUGCAUGAGUUUCUGCAGAGCGAGGAGAGGAAGAUGGUGGAGGAGCUGCAGGAGGAGACCCAGAAGAAACAGGACCUGAUUGAUGACCAAGUUAAGAAGCUAUCUGAAGAAAGUGAUAUCCUGCUACAAGAAGUCAGCCAGCUGCAGGCUGACCUGAAAGACGAUGACAUCUCUUUCCUCAAGAAACACCAAAACCGAAAACGAAGAAUUGCCUGGACAGUAGAGCAGCCAGAAGCGAUUCCACCAGGGACUCUGGUAGAAGUCACUAAGUACUUGGAUUCUUUGCAAUAUAGUGUGUGGAAGAAGAUGCUGGAUAUCAUCAAAGUAGUCCCAUUCAGCUUUGAUCCCAACACAUCUGCAAGCUGGCUGGAAGUUUCUGAUGACCUCAGCAGCGUUGCCACCUGUAACUAUAAGCUGAUGGUGGAAGUUCCAGAACGCUUCUCCACCGACAUGCCUUGUGUCUUGGGCUCCAAAAGUUAUUCCAAAGGGACUCACACCUGGGAGGUAGAUAUUGGUGGCAUCGAGUAUUGGUACAUCGGAGUGGCCAAGAAGUCCUGCGGCUACUACUGGAGCUUUGGCUGUGAUUCCCGACUGGGGUUUGGAUACAUGUAUCGCAUGCAAGGUACCAAGGAUAAGAAAAGCCAGUCCUCCCAAUCAAUUGUGUCGGAAAGUGGGCGAAGGAAGGCCCUCAAGAGAGUGAGAGUGGAGCUGGACUGUGAUGAAGGCGAGCUCUCGUUCUACGAUGCUGAGCGGAAGAGCCAUAUUUAUACCUUCCAUGACAAGUUUGGGGAAGUCUUUCCAUACUUCUGCAUCUGCAGCGUAGGUGCUGCUGUCUCUCCAACUGAGCCGUUCAGAAUUUGCCCGCUUCAGGUUCUGAUAAAGAAAGAUUAUCCAAACUGAGCGAAACCACGAUUCUUUUCUCCCUCUUAUCUAUGUGCCUCCUCUGUUAUGAAAGCUUGCAUACACUAACUGACACUGAAACAGCAAAAAGAACACAUUGCAUUAGCUUGAUGAUAUUACAGUAUUUGGAAUGUGGGGAAUUUUCCAGCACAGGCAGACCUAAGAGGCCCAACCAGCUCUGUCAAGUUGUGUCCAGAAGGAGGUCACGUUGGGGGUCUACUGUUUGGUACCACACCCAUUGGUCUAUCAUGUCCCACAUAAUCCCUAUGUUGUACAUCUACAUGAAACUGCUGGGAGAGGUCCUUGUGGGCUUUGGCGUGAGGUGCCAUUAAUAUGUUGGUGGAAUUCUGCUUUAUUAUUCCUUGUUACCAAAGAAGCAGUCAAUAUCCUUGAAUGUUCCUAAAUUCAAUAAUAGGCUGGGUGAGCAUGAACAAGCUGAGAUUAAAUCCAGAAAAGACAAGGGUGCUAUUGUUUGCUUUGGAAGGGGUCACCCUUCCCCUGAAAAAUCAGGUUAUAACUUGGGAGUGUUCUUGGAUCCUAUGGUUGUCCCUUGAUUUUGAGAUCCCUGCAGUGACAGAGAGUGCAUUUGCAGAACUAUGUCUACUGUGCCAGCUGGGGUCAUUCCUGAGUCACUGAUCUAGCAAUAGUUGUCUAGGUCUUGGUUACUUCAAAGCUGGACUAUUUUAAUGUGCUCUAUGUGGAGCUGCACUUGAAGACUGUCCAGAACCUUCAGUUGGUGCAAAAUGCAGCGUGCACGGUAUUGGGAUCACAUCACUGCUUGCAAAUUCUUUUCCGGGUUCAAGUUAAGAUGUUGAGUUUAACCAUUAAAGCUAUAAGGGCACAAUCCUAUGCAUCAGUAGUAGUAGUAGUAGUAGUAGUUGUUGUUGUUAUUAUUAUUAUUAUUCCGCCUUCUUCCCAAUGCUGGGACUCAAGUGGUGUACAAGAUUAAAACAUAUACAAUUAAAGCAUAUAAAUAUAAAUUUACAAAAGAUAAAAUAGAAUUAAACCCACAGUAAAAUUAAAAACUUUAAAAACAUUUUUAAAAAGCAGUCACUUUUUUUAAAAAAAAUAAUCCAAUACAUUAAUACAGGUCCAGAGUAUGUCCAAAUGACUGCUGGAACAAAAAAGUUUUUCCUGCCUCCAAAAGCGUAAUGAGGGUGCCAGGCUAGCCAUCCUGGGAAGGUAGUUCCGGAGCUUUGGAGCAGCCACUGAGAAGGCCCUCUCCCGUGUACCCAUCAGGUGUGCCUGUGAUGUUGGUGGGACCAUGAGAAGGGCCUCCCCAGAAGAUCUCAGAGCAUGAGCAGGCACAUAUGGGAGAAUACGGCCUUUCAGAUAACCUGGACCCAAGGCAUAUAGGGCUUUAUAGGUGAUAAACAGCACUUUGAAUUGUGCCUGGAAACAGACCAGAAGCCAGUGGAGCUGUUGUAAUGGGAGUUGCAUGCUCCCUGUAUACAUGUUUAAACAGAAAAAAGUCUUACAACUCCCUGCAUUCCUCAGCCAAGCCAAAACAGAUUGUGCCCUAAAUGGCUUAGUUCCUGGCUAACUGAGCCCAGUAUGAACCUGCUCAGUUACUAAGGUCAGCAGGAGAGGUCCAUUUUGAAGUCACCCUCUUUACAAAGAGGCCUGUUUGUCAGACAUGUGGGGAAGGAUUUUUUUUCCUGUACUCCUCCUCUGGAGUUAAAACUGGUUCCCACUCUCCCUGCAUUCAGGACAGGGGUCAAGACGGAUCCCACCCACCCCUAAAAUCUGGCCUUUUCAAUUCUUAAUGGUAUUUAAGGUUGUUUUUAAUGUUUUAUUGUAUUUGUAGUUGUUUAUUACUUUUUGAGUUUCAUCCCUAAAUUGCCUUGUACGCUGACAGAAAGGCAGUAUAAAUGGAAUAAAUAAAAUUUAAAAAUAGAUAACUGUCUUAAACUGUGUAUUGUGGGGUGCUACUAAGGGUAGAACAACAUAUUUGACAUAUGGGGGCAACUUACUGCCAAUUCCUUCACAAUCCUCGGAAUUAAGUGCGGGGAGCACAAGAGCAGUGUAAUUCUCUCUUGAGGCUUGCACAAGAGAAACCUCCCCACGUGAAAAUGCAGGCAUUAACGUAUCUUGGGAUGACCUUGCUCAAGACAUCUGUUUGUUUUAUUCAGUCCCAACACAUUCAUAGGAGCUUAAGGGUGGCCAUGAAAGUACAUGCAUACAUAAGUUGAGCGUGCUGCAGCCUACACUUUGCAGGAGGCAGGCUGUAGUUGCAAUGGGGGAGGGAGGGCUGAGGAAUGUCGCAAGAGGCUUUCUUGCUGCCUAACCCAUCUGGCCCAUCCCUGUCCCCUCUCUAGAACAGCAAAAGAGGCUGUAAUUAAACCCUCAUCAAACGAUCUGCUACUGCACCAGGCACAGCAAAAGAUUUAUAGAGACUGGGAAAGGGGGCUUGAAAUAGACAAGGUAGUUUCUGAUUGGCUCUGAUCUGACAGCAUUAUGUCACCACCACCCAAUCAGAAGACACUGUCUCCCCAGUGGGCAUGUGUUGGAAGUCUAGCAGGGAAUUAACCCCUUCGGGGCUCUUGGUUUGCAAAAUGGGAAGAGGGUUUUGAAGACUUCCUCUUUACUGCCAGGGCUACAGGAGAUUAAUCAUUCCAGCGGAGUCUUGCGUUAGCUUCUGACUAAAGAGUUGCUGUAGCAUUUAAUAGCUGCAGGGCAUGCGGAAAUUCACCGCAGAAAGUUUUUCACAUCCCUGUCUGAAUAAUAACAGGAAGAGUAUCCCCCCCCCCUUCACACACCCCUCUGCAAGCCACAACACUUCCUUUGGGACAUUAAGAAAUGCUACUCCCAAGGGAAGUUGUUGAAUAGUAUUAAGGAUGCGCCAAACUAAAUUCUCCUUGGAAUUGGUUUUGCCAGCUUUUUUUUCUUUUCACCAGCUUCUGCGCCUUUAACAACAGCCCAGUCUAUAGUCAUGAGCUGGCUUUGUUUGGGUUUCUGUCAAUCAAGCUGCUGUUAAAGCGCAGGAGCAACAAGACUGUUGUUUCUGGUUAGAUGGCAACCCCAUUUGGUAUUGUCUUGGAUGUUUUACUAAUUUAUGGGGUCUGAUUGCCAUAUUUGGGGUUGCAAAAGGAAUGCUCUCUCUGGCUCCCUUCUCCUGACCUUCUAAGGCCGUAGCUAGACCUAAGGUUUAUCCCAGGAUUAUCCUGGGUUCAUCCCUGCCUGAGCGCUGGAUGCCCUGUGUGGCACUUAGAUGAACAGGUUUGACCCCAGGACAAUCCUGGGAUAAACCUUAGGUCUAGCUACGGCCUAAUACACAGCUUAGUUCACUUGUGUGAGAUAGCUUACACUCUGCACAUAUCAUUUUGCAAUUAAUCUCCUCUAUUGGGGCUAGGGAUGUAUGAGAAAUUUGUUUGUUUUUGAUUGAGAUUUACCCAAAUUGUACUUUCCAGACCAAAUAUGCAAAGCUCAUACCGCCCUCAAAAAACAAAGGCAUUUGACUAUGCACACCUUUGAAAAAUAUACAUACUUUUGGGAAAUGCACACAAAUCAAUGGGAGAGGAAUGGGUACAUUUCAAAGAUGUGCACAGCUGAUGCUUACAUACAAGUGGGGCACACUUUAGUGCGGUAUAUAUUGUUUCUUUAGAAAUGGAGGUUGGUUAGACAUGACUCUCAACAUAU